AUGGUCGACUUAGACGUGAACAAGGAGAAUGAGGAGGUAGAGCCCUCGUUCGACGAUCCAGAGGACUUUGAGGAUGAUAUCGCAGAUGAAGAACUGCUCGGCGACGUGCUAAAACAAGAGCCGCUCAUCGACGAGUACGAGGAGAACUGCCUGAUCCUCUUCGGCCUGCCCAUCGUCAACAAAGAGAAGUUCCCAAAGUUGCAGGCCGUCGUCGCGAAGGUGCUCAACGGCAUCAACACGAGCAACAAGGUCGAGUACCCGGUCGAUGCCGAUGGGAAUACAAAGGGUUGUCUCUUCGUCGAAUGGGAGAGCAAAGAUGUUGCCCAGUACGCCCUCACCGUCCUCAACGGCUACCGGCUCGACAAGAACCACGCGUUUUCGGCCAUUUCGAUCGCCGACAUGAAAUCGAUGGAAAAACCCGACGAGGAAUGGGAAGCCCCCAAGCCCAACGAAUAUGUCAAUGUCGGCGAUUUGUGGUCGUGGAUGCAGAACCCGCGGUGCCGCGAUCAAUUCGCCGUCCAGUUCGAGGACAACCACCACGUGCCGCACGUCGGAAUCUACUGGCACGUCAAGGGACACGAGCCCGAAGUCGCCGAUGAGGGCCAGAAACCUAACUGGACCGAGUCCGUCUUCAAAUGGACCCCAUAUGGCAGCUACCUGGCGACGAUCCACGGCCGUGGUAUAGCAUUGUGGGGCGGCCCCAAGUUCCAACGUUACCUCCGAUUCGAACACAUCGGCGUCCAAUACUUUGACUUUUCCCCUUGUGAAAACUUCAUGGUCACCUACGCGCCGGCCAACUCGAGAUGGGGCGAAGACGACAACUGCCUCCAACUUUGGGACAUCCGAACAGGAGAGAUGCUGAAGGGAUUCUCGCUCUACGCCCUCACACUACGCAACGAGAUGCCCUGCUGGCCGUUCUUCCAAUGGUCCCACGACGACAAGUACUUUGCGUGCCCAAAAGUGCCCGAGCGUGAUCGUCUCGAGAAGCAAAAGAAGGUCAACGGCAUCGCCGUGUUCGACUCGGAGACGCUGCAGCUCGUCGGCAACCGCUACCUUGUCAUCGAGAACAUCAGGCAGUUCAGCUGGUCCCCAGGAGACAAGAAUAUCAUCGCCUACUACUCUGAGGCCAGCGAACCCAUCCCCGCCGAAUUCGGGCUGAUCAGCAUCCCGUCCGGCGAAAAGCUGCGCUCGGGCCGUGUCUUCAACGUGGCGGAGGCGCAAAUGUUCUGGCAAGAAAGCGGAGCACGACUUGCCGUUCAUACAGUCAGGUAUAACAAGAAGACGAUAAAAGAAAACGGCGAGGUGAAAUACGUCGGCGGCGUCAAGUCCCACCUCGAAAUCUUCGAGCUGUCGAACAAGAAGGACAUUGCCAUCAUGCACCUGCCACUUUCCGAACCGUUCAUCAACUUUGGCUGGGAGCCGAAUGGUGACAAAUUCUGCGUGCUCAUCGGCAGCCAAGCCAAGGCCACCCCGUUCAUCUACCGGAUCGAGCCGCUCAAGCACUCGCCCGUCUGCAUCGGACAACUCGAAGCCGGCGUGUCGUUGAAUACGGUGUGCUUCGCGCCGGCUGGUGGAUGGCUGGCAAUCCUGGCCCUCGGCUCGACUGGUGGCAACAUCAUCUUCGUCGACACCAACGGCCAAGAGGUCAAGCGCACGUCUAUCGCCGAACAUCCGCUCUUCAACAAGGCCUACUGGGACCCGACCGGCCGUUACUUCGUCUCGUGCUGUGCCGUUGGCGCUCGUGGCAGCGAUUUCGGCUUCCGGUUAUACACGUUCCAGGGCCGUGAACUUCUGCGCAAGAACCUCGACCGCAUGACGCAAUUCAAGUGGCGGCCACGUCCGCCAGUCAAGCUCUCCGAGCAGAAGAUCAAGGAGAUUCGAAAGAACCUGAAGACGACGUCGGCCAAGUUCGACCGCGAGGACAACGAGGAGAAGGUCAAGGCCAGCCAGGAGGUCAUCGACAAGCGCCGGAAGAUCAUGGGCGCGUUCGACGUCAUCCGCCGGCGGAAUCUCGACCUGAUCGAGAAGACGAAGGCCGAUCGACUGCAGUUGCGCAACGGCAUCGACACGGAAGCGGAGGUGCACGACGACGACCUCGUGGAGGAGACGAUCACGAUCGCGCUCUCGACCCAGAAAACCCUGACGAUCCUCUCGGAAGAGGACGAGCGCGAC